GACGUGCUCUCCUCCUGGGCCGCUGUCAUGUCGGUUAAUUUGAAUUCUACGCCCAAAAACUCGAAGGCAUAAAGUUGACAGCUUUUCGUAACAGGAAAUUAGAGUUACCUCGGUGUGAAACUAUCGCACGAUGUGAAAUGACAAUCCAUCUUCGUAGCACGGAGAGAGAGCUGAUAAACAGAGGAUUAUCGGAACUUUAUUUUUGUGGUUUGAUAAGACAGUCGGAAGCAUUUGGCAGUGGGACACUUGAAACAUAAUAUCAGGAAGUUUAAGUUUACAUGUAAAUAUUGUCCUUUCGAGAUUUACCGAGUCAAAGUUGGUUUUACGUCUGUGGGUAUUAUUGUUUUUUUGAUUAGUCGUCGGAAAACCGGGUUAAUUAAAAAGGGACGAGUUUUAAAAAAAUAAUAACGAUGGAGUCGGGACGCCGGAGAGGUUUGAGUAGCCUCCUGUCCUCAGUAUCAUUACUCUGUGUAGUCCUGGACCUGCAACUGGACGGUGUGUUAGGUGCCACCCAUGUGGAAAUCGAGCAGCACCUAGAGAUGGGCCGCAAGCUUCUAGCCGCAGGACAAUUAGCAGAGGCACUCUCCCAUUACCACUCAGCAGUUGAGGGCGACUCAAAGAAUUACCUGACUUACUACAAACGUGCAGCUGUGUUUCUGGCAAUGGGGAAGUCCAAAUCAGCCCUGCCAGAUCUGACCCGAGCCAUUCAGCUUAAACCUGACUUCCUAGCUGCUCGGAUACAGCGGGGGAAUAUUCUUUUGAAGCAGGGGAUCACUCAGGAAGCCAGAGAUGAUUUCCAGGCAGUGUUGGAGCGCUCUCCAGACACAGAGGAGGCCCAUGAUCAGCUUCACAAAGUCGAGGAGCUGGAGCAGCUCCAGGAGGAGGCACAUAAGGCCCACCAUCGUGGUGACUACACCACCACUAUCCAGGUGCUGGAUCGGGUCAUAGAGCUCUCUCCAUGGGAUCCAGAAUCUCGAGAACUAAGAGCAGAAUGCUACAUUCGCAUUGGGGAACCAAGAAAAGCCAUUUUAGACCUAAUGCCCGCGGCACGCCUUAGAACGGAUAACCGGGCGGCUUUUCUCAAACUUAGCCGUCUGCUGUAUGACCUGGGAGAACACCAUGAGUCACUCAGUGAGAUCCGGGAGUGUCUGAAGCUGGAUCAAGACGAUAAAGAAUGUUUCAGCCACUACAAACAGGUGAAGAAGCUUAGCAAACAGCUGGACUCUGCUGAAGAACUAAUCUCAGAACAGCGAUAUCAAGAAGCAAUAGAUAAGUACGAGUCUGUAAUGAGGACAGAACCAAAUGUUCCAUUCUACACUAACAAAGCGAAGGAGAGGAUCUGCUUCUGUCUAGUCAAGAAUAAGAAAGCAGAGGAGGCAGUAGACACGUGUUCAGAGGCACACCAGAGAGACCCUCGAAAUAUCCACAUCCUCAGAGACAGAGCCGAGGCCUACAUUCUGCUACAGGAUUAUGAGAAAGCUGUGGAGGAUUAUCAGGAGGCACGGGAGUUUGACCAGGAGAAUCAGGAGAUCCGUGAGGGUCUUGAUCGUGCACAGAAACUCCUUAAGAUAUCACGAAAAAGGGACUAUUACAAAAUCCUGGGAGUGAGCCGAACUGCAAGCAAACAGGAAAUCAUUAAAGCUUAUAGGAAAUUGGCGCAGCACUGGCACCCAGAUAACUUCCAGUCUGAAGAGGAAAAGAAGAAGGCUGAGAAGAAGUUUAUCGACAUUGCUUCAGCUAAGGAAGUUCUUACAGAUCCAGAGAUGCGUCAAAAAUUUGACUCAGGAGAAGACCCUUUGGACCCCGAGAACCAGCAGGGAGGCGGAGGAGGAGGAGGAGGCUGGCCUUUUGGCUUCAACCCUUUUGAAUCGGGUGGAAAUUUCCACUUCAAGUUCCACUACAACUAAUAUGGCUAUGUCAUUACAUACAGUGGACAUGAUUAUUAUGGACAACGGAUUGGACUUAUUUAAAAUCCCACAAAGGGACGUGAGGAGGAAAUCCAUAUAUUCUUCAGAUGACACUGUUGGCUUUUGUCAUAAACGGGUAGUUGUGUGCCAAUUUAGACUUGAAUAUCCCGCCUGUUGGAUUACUUAAGGAAUCAAAUAUUCUGAUGUGAUUGAAAAAUGGUUUUCUUAACUCCAUACAGCCAGUGGCUGUGAUGAAUGAAGUCUUAUUUAAUAUUUCCACCAUUAUCAUUUCACCUUUAUCAGCUGACUAUCUCUUAUUUUUAGUCUUUGUCCCAUGUCUCUGUCACACACAGGCUUUUGUCUUUCCAUUUUUCUCUAAUUGAGUAGAUCACGUUGGAGGGUUCUGAUUUCAGUAUGUAAGAAUUGUGUAUCUGUGCCAUUGAAUGUUUUUAAGGUUCAGUCUCAACACUCUUGACUUUCUUACAUUAAAUCAGUAUUGCACAAUUUUGUGCAUUUAAUUGAUUGUUAGAGUUUGCAGAGAGGAAAAUGUUCGCAUGGGUAUUUUUUUUCCCUAAUGUGUUUUUCUCAUAUCUGAUGGCACGCAGUACAUCGAACCAUGUCAGUUAUUGUAUGAAAGGAGAACCUACAAGCCUAGUUCUUGCAAAAGCACAGUGGUUAAGAUGUUGGACUAUUUGCUGUGUCAAAAAAAACUUUAUGUAUUUUGCCCACAUUCUCAUUUUUAGGUCUCAAGAUGAAUUUAAUUGAUAAUGUCCAGACCAGGGGAGGCAAAUAAUCAGACCUAAUUUUAUUUUGUAAGUACUUCCAAUGAUUAAUACUUGUGUGACCACUAUUCUCCCACUGGUGCUUAUAUAAACUUGCAGGUUCCCCUUGAGUGAUAUAGGGAUUUUCAAAGUGGUAUUUCUGGCUAUGUUCUUCAUUGUUUUCUGAUUUCUAGAAGGAGCAUAUUUAAAGGCACUUGUGGGAUGGACUAUUUAAAAAUAAGAGUGAAUGCUCUGAUUAAUA